AUGUCUCAGUUCUUCAAGCGCAUCUUCAGCGAGAAUCCGUUCCGGAGAGAGCCGGACAUCGGAGACGACGAUCUUCAGCGAUCGCGACGCGUCCUAGUUAGAAGCACGACAGGCGUACUUGACGAACACACUCACUGGAGGACGGUACCUUUUGAUGCCUCGCUGCAUACAGAAGAGCACUUGGCGUUGAGAGAUGGGGCAAGUCUGGCCAGCAGCGAUGUGCCCGCCGAACGACCAAUCCUUGCGCCAAGCUACGACCAGCCUUUACCAACACCAAAACAGAGUCGUACUCGCCGGCGGCUUAGCAAGAGACAUCGGAGGCCUACUUAG